AUGAAGCGGUCGGGGUCUACCACACGCGCGAAUAACUCGAAGAAACUGCGCACGAACGCAGACAGCGGUCCCGUAGAGAGCAAGGCUAGCGGGCCGGUAUCUCGGGAGACACGGAAGAAGAAAGUCGUGGAAAAACCAGUUGUUUUAGAACAGCCAGUUGUUUUAGAGCAGUCAGUUGCUUUAGAACAGUCAGUUGCUUUAGAACAGUCAGUUGUUUUAGAACAGUCGGUAUCUGUGGAGAAGAGUGACGAUUCUUCGGACGGUUAUUCUUCGACGGAUGACGAGGGUUCGGAAUCGGAUUCAUCCAGUGAAGGGAACGGUGAGGAUAUGGGAGCGGGCGAAGCAACGACGUUUGAAGAAAUGAAUUUGGACCAUGUAUUGCUGGAUAUAUUGAAGAGGCGGGGUUGGUCGUCGCCUACGCCGAUUCAGCAAGUGGCAAUCCCGGCGGCGUUGUCAGGUCGCGAUGUGAUAGGGUUGGCGGUGACGGGGAGUGGUAAGACGGGUGCAUUUGCAAUUCCGAUAAUUAAUGAUAUGAUGAGGAAGCAAAAGACUAGUCGUAUCCAUCCUUUCUACGCCAUUGUGAUCUUGCCAACCAGAGAGCUAUGUGUCCAGGUGGCUGAGCAGUUCCGUUUGUUGGGAUCAAUGUUGCAAUUGAAGGUUUGUUGCUUGGUCGGCGGUAUGAGUUCUAUCGACCAGACGAAAGAGUUGGCGAGACAGCCCCACAUAUUGUGUGCUACUCCGGGUCGUUUGGUUGACCAUUUGCAGAACACCAAGGGUUUUAGUCUGCAGUCAGUUCAAUUUUUGGUCUUGGAUGAGGCCGACCGUUUGCUGAGUUUGGACUUUGAGGAAGCUCUACAUGAAAUUGUGCGGAACUGUAACCCGAAACGGCAGACAUUCCUUUUCAGCGCCACGAUGACCAAUAAGUUGAGCAAGUUGCAAAGGGCUUCGCUUAAACAACCUAUUAAGGUACAAGUCGAUGAUCGCACCCAGACCGCAUACAAUCUUGUACAAAAGAUUGUACUGGUACCCAUUGACCAGAAGUUCCAGUACUUGACAGUCAUGUUAAAGAAGUAUAACGCCUACCGCUCUAUUGUGUUUUGUAACACCUGCAAAAUUGCCAACGUGCUCAACGUCUUUCUUCAACGACUCAAUUUCAAUACCGUCGCAUUAACAGGUGACAUGAACCAGACUCUGAGAUUAAAUGCGCUAGGCAGAUUCAAGAACAAACAACUAAAUGUCUUGAUCACCACCGAAGUAGCCGCUCGAGGCAUGGACAUCCCAGACGUUCAUUAUGUAUAUAACUUUGACGUUCCGAAAACCCAUAAGGAUUACAUACACCGAGUAGGACGGACAGCCCGAGCUGGUAAGCAUGGUUCUAGCUUCACUUUCGUAACCAAGCUCGACGUUAUUCAAUACAAGCUAAUUGAAGAGAAAAUAUUUGGAGAGAAAGAGCCGGACCAACUACCCCAAACCUACAAUGACAUGGACUUGGCAAAAGAGGUCAACCUACUCAACAAGGUCGUCAAUAUAAACGAUGCCAAACUGACUGCCGAAAAGGAAUACAAUACUUUAACUAAAGCAAAGGCUAUCAAGAAACGAUCUCGACACGGUGGCCGUGAUGGGGAGUGA